AUGUCUGAUUCACCCAUUACAACUGCACCCGUCGGGCCUCAAGAGAAGCCGAUUCUGGAUAAGCUGCUCCUGGUCAGAGACAAGUUGCUGCUCCUCAAGCAAGACAAAAGCACCUAUGUCAAGUCCUCCGACGUCCUUCCCUUGUACGAGCAGGUCAUCGAGCAAGUCUCCAUCCUCAAUGAAGUCCGCGGCUCUGAGCAUUUAUUGCAGAACCGAGUCGACACCGUCCUGGACGACUGCCUUCAACUCGUUUCCCUUUUCUUCAUGGCUGUGGGACGGAACAACGAAGCGCCUGCGCUGUACGCCAUGACCGGAAACAUCACGCGCCUGUGCCAACACCUCAAAGAAGCGGCGUUUUACAGCAAGAGAGACCUGACUAGCUUGGAACAAACCCUUGAAAAGAUGCAGACUACUCUUGAUCAUGGCAAGGACAAAUACUCACAUCAUUUGUUGACCCGCAUCCAAUAUCGCCUGGAAGUCUGUCGGGAAAUGCUGCAGGAGCUGCGCACCUUCCUCUCCACACUCUCUCCAGAAAUGACCCCGAUAUGGGAGAAGCUUGUCUCGAUUAUUCGAGCCAUUGCGGCAUUGAACGCGAGGACCAAGUUUAGUCAGAAAGAUCUAAACGAACUGAGGGACCAGCUCCUCCAGAUCCAAGCGACAAUGAAAGAGGGUAAACUCCCAAAUGAACAGGGGGAAGUCAAGGGUGGGCAAGACCUGGUAGUGCCUCUCCUCGAAAGGUGCCUCAAAUUUACCGAUAUUGUCGAACAAAAGCAGGGGAAGAUCGACGAGCGAUUCCAGGAUGUUUAUGAUAAACUCAUCGAAAUUCGCAACCAGCUCGAUCGGCUGACCAUGACCCAAGCUUGGUCCCUCCGCGAAACCGACUUGUUCAUGUGGCAGAGGAAGUUGGAUCGUAUCGACGAUUCGAGACGGGAUGGCAAUUUCUUUGACGCCGAAGGCCAUCCUGCGGACCUGCAUGCGCAAAGAACACUACUUUACCUGAUUCGACGAGGGUAUGCCUAUAUUUAUCAAUUACUGAUUGCGUCCGAGCCCGUGUCAGAAGCUCUCCUUCCCAUAUACAACCAACUCCUAACCUUGCGAAAAUGCCUGAUUGAAGUCAAGAGGGCCGGAGGGGUCUCCAACCCGCGAGAAUUGUACCCCUACAGUAUGAAGCUCAACUCGAUCGACAACAUGCGGGUCGACGGCAAGUUCCAAAUUGGGAAUGACAUUCCGGAAGGGCAAGGAAGCGUGAAUGAUCUCCUGGCGGAAUGCUAUGACCUGGCUUAUGAGUUGAGGACCGCAGCCGAGGACGAGGCAGGGGACGAAUAG